GAACAGACCCUAAGUGGUUUUGGGUUAUGAGCUGGGACCUUUACUAAAAAUCCGAGGAGCCAAUAUUGAAGUCCGACCAUCUCCUUUAAAAAAAAAAACAUCCUUACUUGUACGAAAAUGUACUUUAUUUUUGAGUCCAGAAAAUUGAUCAAAUUAAUAUCCAAUUUGAGGACAAAAUUGAAAAAAAAAAAACAUUACUCGUAAUAAUUUCACUUUGCAUAUCAAGAAAUGCCCUUAUUUGACAUAAUAGAAAUCGGCCAUUUCACUUUCAGUCUUUCACCAUCUCUCUUUUUUCCUUCCGGCGUUCCCCUUGCGACAUUUCCCGACGCUUUUUUCAAGUUCUUCUUCUUAUUCUUCCUUAAUUGUUUCGUCGGAAUUCAAAGCGCCGAUUAUAAAAAGUCGUAGUAAUGGCGGAUUUCCAAACGUCUACUCAAAGAGCAAAGUGGAUUUUCACUCAACAAGAGUUGAAUGACAAGUACAUAGCUCAUAAUCAAAGAGCUAUAGAAUCAUUAGAGAAGUAUGGUACGACAAAUUUGGCUAUUGAUGCUGAUGGGUCUUUAUCACAUCCUAGAAGCCAAAAGGAUACAGGUGGUGUUAAGCAGUCUCGUGCAAAACCACUUAGUGUGGAAGAAGAAAAGAUGUUCCAUGUGUAUUAUGAAACCAAGAUUCAAGAAGUAUGUGGAGCCUUCAAAUUUCCUCAUAAAAUCCAGGCUACUGCACUUACAUACUAUAAGAGGUUUUAUCUCUGCUGGUCAGUCAUGGAGCAUCAUCCAAAAUCUGUUAUGUUAACAUGUAUAUAUUUAGCUUGUAAGAUAGAGGAGAACCAUGUCUCUGCUGAGGAGCUUGGCAAGGGUAUCCAGCAGGAUCACCGGAUGAUUCUAGAUAAUGAGUUGCUAGUCCUUCAGAGUCUGGGAUUUGAUCUAAUUGUAUAUACACCAUAUCGAUCAAUUGAAGGUUUUAUCAAUGAUAUGGAGGACUUCUGCUAUGCGACAAAUGGUGAAGUUGACAUGUUGCAGGAGUUAAAUCAGAGAGCGGUCUUUGAAGCUGAUAAAGCAAUGCUUACAGAUGCACCACUUUUAUUUCCUCCAGGCCAGUUGGCAUUGGCUGUACUCCGUAGGGCAAAUUCUGAGCUCUUAGUUCUAGAUUUUGACAGAUAUCUUAAUAGCAUUCUCUCACGCCAACAAUCUGAACACUCUAUUUCAGAGUUGGACCAAGGCCUCAAUGCUAUAGAAUAUCUGAUAAAGACAAUUAAAGUGGGUGAUAAUGAUGAGAUGAAACGCGUUGCUAAGAAGCUGAAAUUAUGUCAAGAUUCUGGAUCUCGUGACGACAGUAAGAAGAGAGAGAAGAAGUCAAAGCACAAGUCUAAAAGAAAUCCACAAGAAAUGCAAACGACACAAUCUGCUGCUGCAGAGUGAUAUGUAUUGCAGUGAACUCUUUUUGGCUGUAUGACGCAAUAAUUGAUCGGUUGUGUGAUACGAGUACACUUGCAAUCUAUCUAGGCCUAUAAACUAUGGCCUCACCAGUUUACAUUAGUUCAUCCUGUCAUUGAAAUCAACAGCUUUACCUGAGGUGAUGCCGCUUGCUGUUUGUUGGUGGAGCGAAGCAGUACAAGGAGCUAUUGAACUGGUGUAAUCCGUAGUACCAUCACAACCUUUUACUGCCCUUCUCAUCAGAAAAACAUAUUUUGUCGUCCAUUUAUUCCUAUUCCUACCAAACAGAGAUUCUAUAUUAACUUGUAUGAGGAAUUUACAAGCUUGUAAAAUGAAGCCCUUCUCAUCAGUCAUUUAUAUGUAUUGCAACAUUUUAAACUCUUGUUAUAUACUGUAUUUUUAGGUG